AUGAUCUCCAGAAAACUACUAUUUUCCGUCAUCUUCACCAUUUUUCUCGCAAGCUUGAUCCGCACUUUCGUCACGAGACCCGUCCUGAAAGUCAUGUCCCACCCGUACGCCAGAGAAUUGGAGGUAGCCACAUUGGCCGUCAAAAGAGCCUCGGUUCUUACGAAAAAACUAAGCGACUCGAUCGCAGAAACGUCCAAAUCGGGAACGCAAAUCAAAAACGACAAGUCGCCGGUCACCGUUGGUGACUAUGCAGCACAGGCUAUCAUCAAUCAUGCCAUCAAACUCAACUUUCCGACAGAUAACAUUGUUGGAGAGGAAGAUUCGGAAUCGUUGAAGGAAGAGACGGAGGAGGCCCAGCAGUUGACUGGAAGAAUCAUGCAAAUCAUUGCGGAUGUGCAGGCACAAACAUCUUCUUCUUCUGAUGUGCUUGGGACUCUCGAUCUGGUGAAUGCAGUGUAUGACAGUAUAGACUUUGGAAACUAUGAAGGUGGAUCAAAGGGCCGCUUUUGGGCAUUGGAUCCAAUUGACGGUACCAAGGGCUUCUUGCGCGGUGACCAGUUCGCUGUUUGUUUGGCAUUGGUAGAGGAUGGAAAGGUUGUUUUGGGUGUAAUUGGAUGUCCCAACUUGGCUGAGAAUAUCCAAUCUAAUGAGAACCAAUCCGGUGUAGUCGGUGGCCUCUACUCUGCUAUCAAGGGUUUGGGCGCUUACUAUACUCCAUUAUUCGAGAACGAGGAGUUUGUUCCUUUGGAGCGUCAGGAAAAGAUCCAUAUGUCAAGCACUACUGAUCCUGCUGAAUUGAAGGUUGUGGAGGGUGUGGAAAAGGGACACUCGUCGCACUCGACUCAGAGCCUUAUUAAGACCCAGUUGGGCUUUUCCGAGGAGACUGUGGCUGGCCAAACAAUUAACUUGGACUCCCAAGUCAAAUACUGUGUUUUGGCCAAGGGCCUGGCUGAUAUCUACUUGCGUUUGCCCAUCAACGACAAAUACAGAGAGAAAAUCUGGGACCAUGCUGCCGGUAACAUCUUGUUGUAUGAGAGUGGUGGUCAAGUAGGUGAUGUUCUGGGUACAGCCUUGGACUUCGGCAAAGGCCGUCUCCUCGACUCCCAAGGUGUCAUUGCCGCCAACAAAAACGUGUUCUCCAAGGUCAUUGCUGCUGUGGAGAGUGUCCUUCUGGAGGAGAAAAAAUAG